AUGGAUAGCCAGGCCACAGAAAAUUCCUCCACGGCUGCUUCAGCACCAGCCGUUCCUCCAGCAUCUCCAAGCACCACCAGCCACGACAAUGGCCGUCAACAAGACGAUCCGGGCGCGACCCCAGCGGCGGCGGCGGCGCACUCCGUCUUCUCGCAGCGCACCAAGGUCUUUGUGAUUGUCAUGACCGUCUUCGCGACCUUUUUCUCGCCCUUUUCCUCGUUCCUGUACCUACCGGCGCUGACGCCCAUCGCCGACGCCUACCAGCGGUCGCUCGGCGACGUCAACCUGACCGUCACGCUGUACCAGGUGAUGCAGGCGCUGUCGCCGCUCUUCUUUGGCGAUCUCAGCGACCAGGUCGGCCGCCGGCCCGUCUACGCCGCCGCCUUUGCCAUCUACCUGGCCGCCAACGUCGCCCUGGCCGUGCAGCGCUCGUUUGGCGCGCUGCUGUUCCUGCGCGCGCUGCAGAGCACCGGCAGCAGCGCCACCGUGGCCAUUGGCAACGCCGUCGUCGCCGACCUGACGACGCCCGCGGAACGCGGCGGCUACAUCACCGCCGUCCAGGCCACAAUCAUGUUCGCGCCGGCGCUGGCGCCCGUUUUGGGUGGCAUCUUGACGCAGUACUGGGGUUGGCGCUCGACGUUUUGGUUCUUGGUCGUGGCGGCUGGUGUCUUUGUCGUCAUAUACGUACCAUUUGUGCCCGAGACUGCAAGAAACGUCGUCGGAAACGGCUCCAUUCCACCGCCCACGCUCAACAAGUCCAUCAUUUCUACCCUGCACUGGCGCCGCAAGCGCCGCGACCUCGAAGCGCAUCCGGACGCGGCGCCGCUUCCCUCCCCCAAGCCUCGGCCCAACCGGAUCCCCCUGCCCAACAUCUGGGCCGCCGUGCGGAUCGCGUUUGAAAAGGACGUCGGGCUGCUCCUGCUCUUCAACUCGCUUCUCGUCAUGAGCAGCUACGCCGUACUCGUCCCGCUGCAAGACGUCAUCCGACGACAGUACCGCUUUAACGACCUACAAGUCGGCCUGUGCUACAUUCCCUAUGCCGUUGGCAACAUCGUCGGUGCCCUGGUCAUGGGCGGGGUCCUCAACUGGAACUACGCGCGUGUGGCCCGCUCCGUGGGCAUGACGCCGGAUCGGAAGCGCAACGACGAGCUGCGCCGGUUUCCGAUUGAGCGCGCACGCAUCGAUCCCGUGUGGCCAUGGGUGGUGCUCGCCAUCGCCACGACGGCCUGCUGGGGCUGGGUCGUGGACUCGGGCGCCAACCUCGCCGCGCCGCUCGUGGUGCUCUUCUUCCAGGGCAUCGGCGUCGCCGGCCCCAUGUCGGCGCUGUCGACCGUCUUGGUGGACUUGUACCCGGCGAAUGCGGGACGGGUCUCGUCGACGUUUAACCUGACGAGGGCGGCCGUCAGCGCCAUCGCGUCGGCCGUGGUUCAGCUCAUCAUUGACGCGUGGGGCUACGGCUACACGUACUUGUUUCUGGGGCUGCUGCUGCUGGUCGCCAGUCCGUCGAUCCUGUGCGUCAGAAUAUGGGGUCCGAAGUGGCGCGAGGCGAGAUAUAAGAGGAUGGAGAAGUAG